CAAUCCCUGCGUCUCCGACUAGAUACUGGUAAUGAGUACGUUAAAUAUCGUCAGAAGUUCUGGCAGCUAUGGUUACCCGGGAACCCACCCCCUCCUCCACCCCCUUCCUUGGAGGAUGCCCAAUUAAUACCCCUCGCAAACGCUUCCAUAUACUCUCAGCUCACCUACUCGUGGAUGACAAACGUGAUUGCACUUGGCUACCAGCGUACCCUCCAAGCAUCAGAUUUGUACAAGCUGGACUUGUCGCGGCAGGUUGGCCCACUGGCGGAAAAGCUCGAAGCUGCGUGGAGAAGGCGUGUUAAGGCAGCAGCUGAUUGGAAUACUAAAUUAGAUCGGGGCGAAAUGCACCCUUCUAUCGUGAAACGGCUGAAAUGGGCUAUCCGUGCGAUUCCAUCGGAGAGGGGACCUCGAAAACGUACUUAUUCGGAGCGUCGUGCUGAAUUGGAACAGCACUGGAGGGAGGUGGGAGGGAAGCAACAUGCAAGUCUUGCAUGGGCUCUUAAUGAUGUGUUUGGCUGGUCUUUUUGGCCCGGCGGAGUUUUCAAGGUAGUCGGAGAUGUGGCUCAGUUAAUGGGGCCCCUCGUCCUCAAAGCCAUUAUAUCGUUCGCUGAGCAACGCUCAGCUGCGCAUUCAGCUGGUGAACCGCUUCCUAAUGUUGGUCGCGGUAUCGGAAUGGCGAUAGGAUUGUGGGCCCUAACGAUUGUGACUAGUGUGUGCACCAAUCAGUUCUUUUGGCACUCCAUGGAAACGGGCAUCCUUGCGCGUGCUGUUCUUAUUGCUUGCAUCUAUGAGCGUGGUGUCAAGCUGACUGGAAAGGAGAGAGUGAAACUUACGAAUGCCACCUUGGUCAACCAUAUUUCCACAGAUGUGAGCAGGAUAGAUGCAUGUGCACAGUGGUUUGUGACUUGGACGGCACCAAUUCAAGUGGCUGUCUGUCUGAUUAUACUCUUGGUGGAACUAGGACCGUCCGCUUUGGCGGGUUUCUCUAUGUUCAUUCUUAUCAUUCCCAUUCAAAAGCGGUUGAUGGCACUACAACGCCGGAUCCGUCAGCGGUCUGUGGUGUGGACAGAGCAAAGGACCAAGGUAUUACUGGAGAUUUUAGGGGCGAUGCGCGUUAUUAAGUAUUUCUCCUACGAGAUGCCUUAUUUGCACAAGCUGUCUGGUUUGCGCAAGAAGGAGUUGCACGAGGUCUGCAAAAUCCAAUUCCUGACAAGUGCAAGUUUUGCAUUGGGAACGUCUUUACCGAUUCUCGGAACGACGCUGGCUUUCGUCACGUACACGCUCACGUCGCACAACUUCAAUACGGCAGUUAUAUUUUCCAGUUUAAUCUUGUUUCAACUCCUCCGUCAACCAAUGAUGUACAUGCCCCGCGCCCUUGCCGCAAUACCAGAUGCUGCCUCUGCUCUCGAACGGCUAUCAGAUGUUUUCCGCGCGGAACUCAUUAAAGGCGAGACGAUGGUAAUCGAUAAGUCUCAAGAAGAAGCAAUCCUUAUCCGCGAUGCGACGUUCGAGUGGGAGUCGUCUGAGAAGAUUGACCUGAGGCGCGGCGGUGGGCGUGGGGGCCACAAGGGUGGUCACGCGAAGACCGGCAAGAAGGACGAGUUACGUAAAGACACGCCCGUAUUCAAGGUGCAAGGUGUCAACUUAACCAUUCCUCGUGGUCGUCUGGUCGCCGUCGUGGGUCCUGUUGGCAGCGGGAAGUCGAGUCUUCUACAAGGUAUUAUAGGCGAGAUACGGAAAGUGUCUGGCCAUGUCUCGGUCGGUGGUAGGGUGGCAUAUUGCUCUCAGACAGCUUGGAUCCAGAACGCCACGCUGAGGGAAAACGUGUUGUUCGGACAACCUUUUGAUGAAGAGAGAUACUGGCGUGUGAUUGAGUUGUCGUGUUUUCUCCCUGAUCUAGCAUUACUGCCGGAUGGCGACUUGACGGAGAUCGGAGAAAGGGGCAUUAAUUUGAGCGGCGGACAAAAGCAACGUGUUAAUAUCGCAAGGGCACUGUACUUCAAUCCUGAAAUCGUCAUUUUUGAUGAUCCACUUUCCGCUGUUGAUGCUCAUGUUGGCAAGUCUCUUUUUGAAGGCGCCAUCCUUGGGUCACUCCGCAAUCGUGGGAUUACUGUUCUUUUGGUCACACAUGCCAUCCACUUUCUCUCUCAGGUCGACUACAUAUAUACAAUGAAGGAUGGGAUGAUCGUUGAGAGCGGGACGUUCGGCGAGCUGCUUGAACAAGAUGGAGAAUUCGCAAGGUUGGCCCGAGAGUACGGCGGUCAUACUGAGGACGCGAAAGAGGACAGUGAGGAAGAUGAAGCUGUUCCGCAACAUAAGAACGUGACAAUCGAGGAUGUGAAACUCAAAUCUGCCAAAGCACGUGAACGGGCGGAGGGGAAGGGAAGGGUCGAAGGCCAUUUGAUGGUCAAGGAACAGCGUAAUACAGGAUCUGUAUCUCUUAAAGUGUACUGGGCAUACCUGGCUGCUGGGCGUGGCGCUGUUAUGCUACCGCUCAUUAUAACGUUCAUGGUCUUGAUGCAAGUAAGCCAGAUUAUGAACUCGUACACUCUCGUUUGGUGGGAAUCGAAUACUUGGGACCGUCCCAACUCAUUUUAUCAAAUCCUAUACGGGUGCCUCGGUGUCGGACAAGCGUUGCUCACUUUCAUCCUAGGUGCAAGCGUAGACUUCAUGAGUUAUUUUGUCUCCCAGAACCUACAUCAGCAGUCCAUUAAGAAGGUGUUCCAUGCGCCCAUGGCGUUUUUUGACACCACUCCGGCAGGCAGAAUUCUGGGCGUGUUUGGAAAAGAUGUGGACAACAAAUGUCCACAUUCAUCUGGCCCUGCAUCUGAUUUCGCAACAGUUUGCCUUACGAUGUCUAUAGUCAUGGGGGCUGUUAUUAUUGUUUCCAUUCUGGAACCAUAUUUCCUCAUCGCUGUAGUGUUUCUAGUUCUAGGUUACAGCUACUUCGUCGGGUUUUAUCGCGCUAGUGCCCGAGAGGUCAAGCGAUUAGAUUCGAUGCUCCGCUCCUUGCUAUAUGCUCAUUUCUCGGAAACGUUCACCGGCCUUCCUACCAUACGUAGUUAUGGAGAGAUGAAGAGAUUCGUCGGGGCUAAUAGAUAUUACGUUGAUCUGGAGGAUAGGAGCUUGUACCCGGUUAUCGCAAACCAGAGGUGGCUUGCUGUCAGGCUUGAAUUCAUGGGCGCGAUGCUUACGUUCCUCAUCGCUUUGCUUGCGGUCACCGAUGUGUCUGGCAUUAACGCUGCACAGAUCGGCCUGGCAUUGACCUAUACCAUGAUGCUGUCGCAAAUGCUCUCCUUCGUGACUCGGCAGACGGCGGACGUCGAGAACAACUUGAAUUCGGUCGAGAGGAUGGUACAAUACACCAAGGAGGAAACUGUUCCUCAAGAGGCUCCCCACGAGAAACCCGAUGCUAAGCCCCCAGCUGACUGGCCUCGCAAAGGUGCCAUCGAAUUCAAGAAUGUGCAGAUGAGCUAUAGGCCUGGACUGCCGAACGUCCUCCAUGGGAUCUCGCUUUCUAUUCAAGGAGGCGAGAAGAUCGGUAUAGUUGGAAGGACGGGCGCAGGGAAGUCGUCUUUGAUGCUGGUACUGUACAGAAUCGUGGAGUUGUCGGGUGGAUCUGUCAUUCUGGACGGCAUCGAUAUAUCGACUUUGGGAUUGAAGGAUCUUCGUACCAAGAUAUCUAUCAUACCGCAGGAUCCUCUUCUUUUCAGUGGUACAAUCCGGUCAAACUUGGAUCCUUUCAAUCUAUACGACGAUGCCAAGUUAUGGGAUGCACUUUACAGGUCGUGCCUUGUCGACCAACCGUCUGUUAAAGACGAGCGCGGCGAAGAGACGCACACCAACAGGUAUACGCUGGACACCGUGAUCGAGAGCGAAGGAGCCAACUUGAGCGUUGGCGAGCGGUCGUUGCUCAGUCUUGCGCGCGCACUUGUGAAGGAUUGUAAGGUUGUCGUUCUCGACGAAGCUACUGCAUCUGUCGACCUGGAGACGGAUAACAAGAUCCAGCGAACUAUCACGACCGAGUUCCGAGAUCGUACCUUGCUUUGCAUCGCGCACCGAUUACGUACGAUUAUUUCUUACGACCGCGUUCUCGUUAUGGACGCUGGUAAAGUUGCUGAAUUUGAUACGCCCUAUAGUCUAUACCAGAAGGAGGGAGGGUUGUUCCGAGGGAUGUGUGAGAGGAGUAAUAUCACGUUGAAAGAUAUCGAG